ACGAAGAGAAUAGUCUCCCUUGUUUCAAUUUCGGCUUCAGCUGUGUUUUCCUCAACACGUGAAACAGAACGAAAUGGUACAUACAUGAAAGUUUUUAAUCAAGUGAUUAAAAAAAAAGAGAGAAGUUUUCAUCAUGGAAGUUCCUCAUAUGAAAGUUGAUCAGACAGACUUCAGAAUUUACAGUAAGGAGGAAAUCCUUCAACUCAGCGUGAAAGAGAUUGUGAACCCACAGACAUUUGAUUUACUGGAGAACCCUGUACAUGGAGGUCUACAUGACCCUGCCCUUGGUCCUUGUCGGCAUGAUGACCGCUGUGAAAGCUGUGGCCAGAGUGAAAAAAAUUGUCCAGGUCACAUGGGCCAUAUAACCUUACCAGUUCUCCUGUAUAAUCCUUUGCUUUUCAAAACGUUGGUCAAGGUCUUGAGGGGAAGUUGCCUGUCGUGUCACCGCAUCAACAUGCCCACGCUGGUCAAGCAGGUCUACACGAGCCAGAUUCAACUCCUCGAAAACGGAUUUCUCACAGAGGCCCAAGAGCUGGUGGAGAGAUUCUCUCAUUCUGAGAAAGCCAAAGAUAUCGCAGUCGCAGAAGUGGAGGCAUAUGUGCUGGAUGUUUUGAGAAAUUCUGACAGAGCUGACCACUCCAUGUCCAAGAACAAGCUGACACAGAUCAAGAAUACAGUGAACACUGCCUUGAAAAGUCUGACCACUGUGUCUUCGGUUUGCUGUCACUGUGAAACUCAGAACCGCUCCCUGAAGCCUGAGUACAAUCACAGUAUCAUUGGCACAAAAGUGGAGGCUAGAAAGUCUCUGCAGGCAGUUAGAGCUCAGAGGACCAGGGAGUUGUCGGAGGAGCAUGAGGAGGAGAAUGGAGGAAAUCGAGAGGAAGAAGUUGUGAUGGAGGGAGACAAUGAGGAAAAGGAACAGGAUAAAGAUCCUGUCAGUGAAGACAUAUCAUUAGACAAAGAACUACAGACACAAAUGGAUCAUUUCCUCAACUCUAAGCACAAGCGUUGCAUCCUGUAUCCCAAUGUCGCUAAAGAGCACAUGAAAAUGGUUUGGGAAUAUGAGAAGGAGUUUUUAUCCAAAAUUCUUCCGUUCCUGACACGAGUGCACGGAGCAGAGGUUGCCACGGAGGUCUUCUUCAUGGAAGUGCUGCCAGUGCCUCCUACGCGGUUCAGACCGCUCAGCGUAAUGAAAGAGCGCAAGUACGAGCACCCCCAGACAGCCAACCUGGCCAAUGUGCUGAGAGGCUGUGUAGAAAUGAGAGAGAUGUUGCGAGCGUACUCAAAGAGAGUGAAAGGGACAGUGAGGGACAACGUGCAGGGUCUGGCCAUGGGAGAGAGCAGCGACAGUUUGGCCGCUCACAUGCAUCGCAUGUCCCAGUGCUGGGUGGGCCUACAGUCCAAGGUCAACGUUGUGCUCGACAGUGAUCUUGACAACAUCUCCAAGGAAAAGUUCAAUGGAGUGAAACAGCUGCUUGAGAAAAAAGAGGGACUUUUUCGCAUGCACAUGAUGGGGAAACGUGUGAACUUUGCGGCUCGCUCUGUUAUUUCUCCCGAUCCGUACAUCGGGACGAAGGAGGUGGGAAUCCCGCUGGUGUUUGCCUCCAAACUCACGUACCCUCACCGCGUGACGCCCUGGAAUGUGCAACAGCUGAGGCAGAUGGUCAUCAAUGGUCCUAACAACUAUCCUGGUGCUGUCAGUGUCAUCAAUGAGGAUGGGAGUGUGGUGAGGUUGAGCCCGACCAACGAGACCCAGAGAGAGGCUAUCGCGAAACAGCUGCUGGUGCCCGACAACGAUCACGGUGGUUCUAAAACGGUUUGCCGUCAUCUGAUCAACGGGGACUACUUGCUGCUGAAUCGUCAGCCGACCUUGCACAGAGUCAGCAUACAAGCUCACAAGGCAAGAGUUCUGCCCAACAUCAAGACACUGAGAAUGCAUUACUCCAAUUGUAAAGCUUACAAUGCUGAUUUUGACGGUGAUGAAAUGAAUGCCCACUUUCCUCAAUGUGAACUGAGCAGAGCGGAGGCUGAAGCUAUUGUGUGCACUGACCACCAGUACCUGGCCCCCAGAGACGGAGCUCCCCUGGCAGGUCUUAUCCAGGAUCACAUGGUGGCCGGUGUGGCGCUCACCAUCCGGGGUCGAUUCUUUACGCAUCAAGACUAUUGUGGCCUGGUGUGGAGUGCCAUGAAUGACUGGAAGGCCAAAAUUCGCACGGUCCCGCCAGCCAUCCUCAAACCACAGCGGCUGUGGUCAGGAAAACAGAUCAUCACUACCAUAUUGUUGAACAUUAUACCCAAAGAUAAAACACCGCUGAAUUUACAAAGCAGGGCGAAAAUCCCAGAGAAGAACUGGGCCAAGUGGAACCAGGGUAGGACCUUGGGGCCUUUGUCGGGGAACUUGGAGGAGUUAGGAGAGAGCACAGUGAUUGUUAGCGAGGGAGAACUCCUGCAGGGUGUGUUGGACAAGGCCCACUACGGACCCUCGGCUUACGGUCUGGUGCAUUGCUGCUACGAGCUGUAUGGAGGAGAGGUGGCUGGACUGUUUCUCACCUACCUGGGCCGUCUGUUCACCUCGUUCUUACAGCGUGUCGGCUUUUCUCUCGGUGCUGGGGAUAUCCUGGUGCAAAAGAAGGCCAACAAAAAGAGGAAGUCCAUCAUUAAAAAGUCUCUGCAUCUAGGCAGGGAAGCAGUGAAAAAGGGCUUGGGUUUGAGCGACUGUGAAGUGGAUGAAAGACAGCUGUUGUUAGAAUUGAAACGUGCUCACUUCGACAAGGGAGGCAGUCGUCUGGCAGAGAUUGACAUGAGCAUGAAGAACGAAACGGACAAAGUGCAAGAUGGCAUUGCCAAGUGUAUCAUGCCAGGAGGUCUGGAGAAAGGUUUUCCCGACAACAGCCUUCAGCUUAUGGUGCAGUCAGGAGCCAAAGGAUCCCCUGUAAAUUGCAUGCAGAUUUCAUGCCUGCUUGGUCAGAUUGAGCUUGAGGGUCGUAGGCCGCCUCUCAUGCUUAGCGGCCGGUCGCUGCCUUCUUUUUUGCCGUACGACGUCUCCCCGAAGGCUGGAGGUUUUGUGACGGGCCGGUUCUUGACGGGCAUCCGGCCACAGGAGUACUUCUUCCAUUGUAUGGCCGGGCGAGAGGGUCUGAUUGAUACAGCUGUGAAGACAAGUCGCAGUGGCUACUUGCAGCGCUGUCUGGUCAAGCAUCUGGAGGGAAUCACGGUCAACUACGACAUGACGGUCAGGGACAGCGACGGAAGCCUCGUACAGUUUUAUUACGGUGAAGAUGGCAUAGAACCGGCUCGCAAUCCGUACCUCAAGCCAGCCUUGUUGCGUUUCCUGACUCAGAAUGUCCACACUCUGAUCGACAACUGCUCCGAAAGUCCCUGGCUCAAUGCAGAUAAAGAGAAGAACAUCAAACGCACCUGGAAAAAGAUUUCCAAAUGGAUGAAGACUUACAAAGAAGGCAAACAGUUCAUCAGAAGAGAGAGCGGCUUUUUGGAGUUUUGUAAGAGUGACGCGGCUCCGCCCAUCACAUCAGAGGACAAAACGACUUUGGUCACAGAGGGCCGGUGUGUGGGUCGUGCAAAAGGGGCCCAGAUUCUCACCGAAGCGUGGGCGAACCUCAAUGAGGAGAAAAGAAAGAGCCUGUGCACCAGGCAGAGCUGCCCCGACCCGGUCAUGUCCAGGUACCUCCCUCACUCACAGCCAGAUGUCUUUUCAGAGAAACUGAGACAUGAUCUCAACGUCUACAUCAAGAAAGGAUUUGAGGAGGAAGCCUCGAAAAUGCGCCAAAAGUUGAAUCCCGAGUCUUUCCGAACGGCCAUCAACAAGAAGGUGGUGCAGUCUAUGGCCCAUCCAGGGGAAGGAGUUGGGCUAGUGCUGGCACAGUCCAUCGGUGAGCCGUCGACGCAGAUGACGCUCAACACUUUCCACUUUGCCGGUCGCGGUGAGAUGAACGUGACCCUGGGAAUUCCUCGGCUGAGGGAGAUCCUGAUGACGGGAAGCCAGACCAUCAAAACUCCGUCGAUGGACAUCCCGGUGCAGGCUGGUGAGGUGGCCAGGACCAAAGCCCAGUGGCUGCAGCGACACCUCAACAUGGUCACUUUGGACCAGUUACUGCAGUCUCUCAGGGUCAGAAUAAGUACCAGGAGAUCUAACAGUGGGAACCAGAAAUUAAUUGAAGCCAAAUUUAAGUUUCUGCCACAGCGAGACUUUUCAAACUUCACUAACUUAUCGCCGCGGGCCAUCGUGAAGUACAUCGUGAAGAAGUUCAUACCACGGGUCAACGCCAGCAUCCAGAAGGAAAGGAAACUCCUGGAACAGUCAUCACUGUUGAGUCGUGGGAAGAUGAGAAGAUCGGGCGCUGACUCUGAGAACGAUAGUCCAGAGGAGACGACCACGCACCGGCCCGAGGAGGAAGAUGAUGUGGAGGUGGAGCCCAACGACGGGGACAUGAGCGCUGUGAAGGAACACCAGCGACAACUUGACACGCAGGAGUACGAGGGCGAGGAUGAGGAGAGGAAUGCUGUCAUUGGUCAGGCCCAAGAUGAAGAUCUUGUUGUGGAGGUUGAUCCAGCGGAUCAAGCAGAAGAAACGGAUCAGCUGACCAGUAAAGAGGAUGGUGAGGGCAGUAGUGAGGAGGAGGCUGAAAUGACUGGGACCCUCAGCAAAGUGGACAAAGAUCUCAAGACAGAGGCACUCAGUCAUGAUUCAGUGGAGGAUUUCAAGUUUUCCAAGAAAUUCCGUUGGUGCACUCUGACGUUUAAGUACGACCACCACCAGCUUCAGCUGGACGUGCAGAGGUUGUUUGAGCGGGCGGUCAAGAGUUCGGUGCUGCACAGAGUCACCGGCAUCAACAGGGCGUUCUUGUCGGAGGUCCGGAAAGACAUGGAACCGGAGCUGCACCUGAAGACGGAUGGGAUCAACAUCCAGGAAAUGUUCAAGUAUCCGGACAUUUUGGACCUGAACCAGUUGCACUGUAACUGCAUCCACACCAUGGCCAGCACCUACGGGAUUGAAGCCGCCUACAGAGUAGUGAUCAGGGAGAUCCAGGAUGUGUUUGGAGCGUAUGGCAUCACGGUGGACUACCGCCACCUGUCUCUGCUGGCCGACUUCAUGACGUGCCGAGGCGAGUACGACGCUUUCAACAGACGAGACAUCAACUACAACACCUCACCGCUGCAGAAGAUGACCUUUGAGACGACCAUGAACUUUCUGCUGGAUGCUUGCCUCUCAGGAAGUGUGGACACCCUCAAGUCUCCCAGCGCUCAGCUGGUGAUGGGAAGACCCAUGGGUGUGGGCACUGGCAGUUUUGAGGUGCUGGACCCCCAGUGAAAUAAUGCUCUUUUUGUACGAAGAGAGAUGUUAGUGUGAUAUCAUGAGUAGGUUAUUGUGAAAGUUAUCAGUUACUAAAUAGAAGGGCUGACAUCGUCCUAAUCUGUAUAUAUGCCCGUAGUUGGCCUUCCUGUUGCUUUGUGCUGUUAUUGCUAGCAGCGAUUUGGUUACAACAGUGACUUCUUUGCCCUUUUCCUGUCAAGAGCGCCACUGUUUCAUUGUCUUCCAUUUUGUCACGUUGCCUCCCAACUUUAAGUGACUACCAAAGUCAUUCUACCUAUUACAUCUCCCCCCUCUCCAUUAAAGUUUUUUCCAAUUGUGGUCUUAUUUACUUUCUUAUAUCUGCAUGGCCUUUACGUGGAUCUACCAAGAGAUCUAUUAUUUGAGGUCUUGAUAGAUUUCACUCACAUAGACUAUUUUCUCAAUCAUGGUCCUCAGUGUGCUUUAAGAAUCUGUAAGAAUAAGGCACAGCACCAAGUUUAAGUGUUUAAUCUUGCACUUUUUGUGGUUUGACAGACUUCUGUCUUGUCCCUUUGCUGAAUUUGAAUCUCGUGGUUCUCUCUAUAUCCAGGUCUUAUGUAAUUUUGGAACAUUAGAUACUCUUUACUUACACCUCAGUGACCAGCUGUCCUCUAGUCAGCAGACCGAUCAGGACCAUGUCUGUCAACUUUGCUUUCUAAGAAAAAGGUGUGCCCAUCUCUGAGAUCUUGGAAUUAUGUUCUGAAGUAACUUAUGUGUGCCUAGUAAACAAUCAAAGAAUGUGUUUAGUUCUUUUUGCAAAUAUUUAAAGAACAUGGAUUGACACAUCCCACUUUCUUCUUCUUUUUUGUCUAACAUCUAUUGUCGUUAUCCCCCCUUCUUCUUUUUUAUGUUUGUUACUCUCUUGUA